AUGUUCGGGAGAUCAGAAUGGAAUCCUUCGAUGAAGCAUUGUUAUAUCACGGGUGGUAGCUCGGGCUUAGGUCUCGCGCUAGCCAAGAUGCUCAGCUCACAAGGGGCACAUGUUUCUAUUGUUGCGCGCGACUCAGAGAAGCUUGCAGAUGCAUUAGCCGAGAUCGAGGGAGUCCGUCAGUCCAAGGACCAGAUACACCAAGCUUUCUCUUUCUCUUUGUUCACGGCCGACGACUCGCGAGCAGCUCUGGAUGCAGCAGCUGCGAAGCAUGGUGGGGUUCCGCCCGACAUCGUCUUUCUAUGCGCUGGGAAGGCCAUUCCAAGGUUUUUUGUAGAGUAUACAGAAGCAGAGCUCGUCGACGGCAUGAAUUACGGAUACUGGGUGCAAGCCUGGACUGCAUGGAUCGUCACCCAACAGAUGGUCGUGCACAAACGCACCGGGUCCAUCAUCUUCGUCUCCUCUACCCUCGGGCUAAUGACCAUACCGGGAUACUCAGGAUACUCCCCCGGCAAACACGCCCUUCGAGGUCUCGCUGAUACUCUUCGCUGCGAACUGCUCCUCUAUGACAUCAAUGUCCAUAUAUUUUUUCCACCAACGAUGUUUACACCUAGCUAUGAGGAGGAGAACAAGAUCAAGCCGAAGAUAACCAAGAAGAUUGAGGAGACUGACGGCGGAUUGACGGCAGAGCAGGCGGCUGCAGGGCUUCUGACCGGCCUUCGGAAAGGCCACGCUCACAUCACUGCUGAUAUGCUGACAGAUUCCUUCCGCGCAUCGACUAGGGGCUCAGCUCCGGCUAACAACUGGAUCCUGGAUGGGCUGAUUGAUCUCGCGUCCAAGAUAUGGGUACCUGUAUGGUCUACCAUCACCGAUCGUCGGGUCAAGGCUCACAAAAGGGAGCAUCAUCAGUACCUGGAGGAUAUCGAUUUUUUUUCGGCGCAAGGGUCGUUGUCUGUGUUCUGUGAAAGCUGGCAAGCGGCGUCUGCUCAUUAG